UAGACGCAUCCAAUAUUUCGUCAUAUCCUACCUUCAUUCAUUCUCUCUGAACAAAAGCACUAGCUUUAGUAUUGAAGUGCUAACUCCGACGCCCCCACAGCUCAUCCAUUUUUCCUUUUUGCAGGCUCUCUCAAUUUCAUGGCUCAACUACUGGCCUAAAUCCUGCCCGACCCAAGUUGACAUUAAGACAAGUACGUACAUACUUACAUAUAUAAAGGAAGAGAGGAAGAAAAUAGGAGAAAUUUCUUAUCAACAAAAUCCAAACAUUUUCACAGCUAAUUCUUUUAAUUCACUGUCUAAUGAUUGUACGUUUGUUUUGUCUUCAUUCUUUUUUGGCCAAUGAAGAUUUAAUACAAAUACAUUUUUUUCUUCACCACUACAUAACAACCACGGCUUUUAGAUUAACUACCAAUUAUAUAUUCUUUUUUAUUAUACACAAUUUGCCCAUUUGCGCUUCUCUCUCUCUUAUAAACUUCAUUGCUUGUGUAAAAAUCCUUACUCAUCUGUAAAACCCCUUUUUUCAAUAUGGGAGACUUAAACACUGAAGGCCCUUCUUCUUCUUCUCUUCCUCUUUCUUCAAAGUCUAAUUUACCUAUGCUUUACUAUGGUCUCGUUGUAGUCGGAACAGCUGCCGUUGUAUUGGCUGUAUACAACCUUAUCGUCAUCCGGUGGUGUACACAGCGCCCUGAUUAUUCUAGGCAAAGACAAACCCGACUUGCCGAAAUGGCCGCCGGGCAGACUUACGAGAGCCAGAGUAGGAUCAUAUUGUCGUCGAGCUUCAAGUACAAGAAGGGAAGCAUCGACAUGGGGUCUGAAGAAGCCGGCGGAGAACAUGAAUGCGCAGUUUGUUUAUCGGUUUUUGAAGAUGGAGAUGAAGUGAGGCAACUACCAAGGUGCAAGCAUUCUUUCCAUGCUCCUUGUAUAGAUAUGUGGCUCUAUUCUCAUUUCGACUGUCCACUGUGCCGUACCUUAGUGGAUCCUGAGCCUUCUCCAAUUCGUCGAAGACAAACAGAGGAAGUUUCACCACAGAAUCCCGGAGAAGAUGUUCUAGGCGUCCCAGUUUUAGUUUGAUUUUUUUGGGGGGAGGGGGUCUCUCUGUUGAUUGACUAGAGGUAAGGUAGGGAUAGUCUGAAAAAAUAUAUAUGUGGUGGGCCUCAUAUGAGAUGCGUGACCAUGUUAACAAAUGACUAAAAAUUGACAAAGCCAGCUGCCCAUGUGGAUACAGUGCAGCUCAUUUUUGAGCGUUCAAAUGGGGCCAGGGUAUUUUGUUAUUUAGCAGAUACCUUACUCGGGUUCAGAUGUGAGUGUGAUCUAUGUAGUUAUUUUUUUCUUCAUUUUUUCACAUAUGUGAAGAUCCUUGACGUUCAUAUCCCGAUAUCCAAGUUUGAAAUAUAAAGUAGUCCAAGAAAAAUAAAGAGUCUAGUAACCACCACCAAACCAGCUAUCUCCGGUUUUGCGCCUGCUAUGGUGGGUGCUAUAAUGUGACUACAAACACUGCAAUGCAUAUUAGGCAUGAGCAAAGCUCGGAGUGCAGUUUAAGUCAAAAACCGAACCAAAACGAGGUAAAUAGUGCAAGACAAGCUGACAAGCACAAGAAUCCAGCAAAACAGAUUCAUCGAUGAUGUUCCAAACACAAAACACAUAAACUCGACGAAAUAUGCAGCAAAGUAUCAAACAGAAAUGAGGCAAUGGUAUGUGUCCAAAUAGAAUGAAUUCACAACCUAUUUACCGCCAAAGCAUGUAGAAAUUUACAAAAUAUGUAAAUUUAUUAUAGUUACUGUGUAUUUCCAUACCCUGACACUCGAUAAACUCUGGCACAAGUUUUCCCAAAUGUUACAAUCCAAAUGUAUUUUUGCCUUCCACAACGGAGGGAAUUUUUAUAUUGUAUACAAGAGUAAUUAAGCAUACUUACUACAUCCUUCUCAAAUUGUCUAGCCUUGCUUGUAAGUCACUAUCUAUCCCACCGUCGUCAUUCCCGGUUGCUUCUGCCUGCGCAACCUUACCCUUUGCAGCUGGUGCAGAAACAGCAGCUGA